AUGAAAGCAAAAAGUGACCUUUUGUUGGUGCUAACCAUUGAAUCUGUUGUAAUUGGUGUUGUCCUCGGAUUUGUAAUCAGACCAUUCAAUCCCAGCAACGACACUAUUAGUCUUAUCGGUUUUCCUGGUGAAAUUUUUAUGCAGAUUAUUGAAAUGAUUAUUAUACCAAUGAUAAUAUCAUCAGUUAUAUCAGCAUUGGCAAAUCUUCGUGCAGCCGAUUCACGGAGAAUUGUAUUUUUAACCAUUAUUUACUAUAUGACCACAACAUUUAUGUCAACAUUUACCGGUGUAAUUCUCGUUUCAUCAAUUCAUCCGGGCGGACCGGACGUGAAAAGUCGUCUAGGUGAAGGUACACUGGAAGAUACCGCUCUCUCAACAUUGGAUAACAUACUUGAUCAAAUUAGAAAUAUGUUUCCAGAAAAUAUCAUACAAGCUACCUUUCAGCAGGUGCAGACAACUUACGAUGAAAAACCACGUUUCUCAAAGAAUGUAAAUGACACUAAUUUUACGUUGAAACCUCGUCUUGAAUACGUCAAUGAAGUAAAUGUCUUAGUGUGCAAAAAUAUAGUCGACAUUGACAAUUUGGCUCAAACUGCUCAAGCCCUUGCAAUGUAUGUGGUUACAGUUCUUUGCGGCCUUAUGAUACACUCACUGUUGACGUUACCGCUGAUAUAUAGUGUUGUUACACGACGAAGUCCAUUUGAUUUUAUGACAGGAAUGCUGCAAGCUUUAGCUACAGCAUUUGGAACAGCAUCUAGCGUUGCAACAUUACCAAUAACUUUCCGAAGUCUCGAAGAGAAAUUGAACAUUGAUCGCCGAGUUACGCGCUUUGUUUUGCCACUUGGAGCAACAAUAACUAUGGACGGUACAGCUCUUUAUGAAGCUGUAGCUGUAAUUUUUAUUGCUCAACUACAUAAUGUUCAUUUAACAAUUUACGAUCUACUUACAAUAAGCGUUACAACAACAGUGGCAUCAAUUGGUUCGGGUACUGUUCCAGCCGGACUGAACACCAUACGUAUUGUGCUAACAACAGUUGGACUUCCAGCAAACGACGUCAGCCUACUGACAACAGUUGACUGGAUACUGUGA